CCGGUAGGGGCGACGCCGCGGCCCGCGGACCCGGCAGCCGGAGCGCCGCGCUGGCGGCGGCCGCCGCGAUGAUGGAGAUCCAGAUGGACGAGGGUGGCGGCGUGGUGGUGUACCAGGACGACUAUUGCUCGGGCUCGGUGAUGUCGGAGCGCGUGUCGGGCCUGGCGGGCUCCAUCUACCGCGAGUUCGAGCGCCUCAUCCACUGCUACGACGAGGAGGUGGUCAAGGAGCUCAUGCCGCUGGUGGUGAACGUGCUGGAGAACCUGGACUCGGUGCUGAGCGAGAACCAGGAGCACGAGGUGGAGCUGGAGCUGCUGCGCGAGGACAACGAGCAGCUGCUCACGCAGUACGAGCGCGAGAAGGCGCUGCGCAAGCAGGCGGAGGAGAAAUUCAUUGAGUUUGAAGAUGCCUUGGAACAAGAAAAAAAAGAGCUCCAGAUCCAGGUGGAGCACUAUGAGUUUCAGACACGCCAACUGGAACUGAAAGCCAAGAACUACGCCGAUCAGAUCUCUCGGCUGGAGGAACGGGAAUCUGAGAUGAAGAAGGAGUACAACGCCCUGCACCAGCGGCACACGGAGAUGAUUCAGACCUACGUGGAGCACAUCGAGAGAUCCAAGAUGCAGCAGGUUGGGGGGAGCAGCCAGACGGAGAGCAGCCUGCCAGGGCGGAGUCCUCGCCAGUCAUGGAGGAAGAGCAGGAAGGAACGUCCCACCUCUCUGAACGUCUUCCCCCUGGCUGACGGCAUGGUACGUGCACAGAUGGGGGGCAAGCUCGUGCCUUCGGGGGACCACUGGCACCUGAGUGACCUCGGCCAGCUGCAGUCCAUCUCCAGCUACCAGUGUCCCAACGAUGAGAUGUCAGAGUCAGGCCAGUCUUCAGCAGCUGCCACACCCAGCACCACUGGCACCAAGUCCAACACUCCCACGUCCUCCGUUCCCUCUGCCGCCGUCACACCACUCAACGAGAGCCUGCAGCCCCUGGGGGACUACGGCAGCAGCACAAAGAACAGCAAGAGGGCCCGGGAGAAGCGCAACAGCCGCAACAUGGAGGUCCAGGUCACCCAGGAAAUGCGGAACGUCAGCAUAGGUAUGGGCAGCAGUGACGAGUGGUCUGAUGUUCAGGACAUUAUCGACUCCACCCCGGAGCUGGACAUGUGUCCAGAGACCCGCCUAGACCGCACAGGAAACAGCAGCCCCACCCAGGGCAUCGUGAACAAAGCUUUUGGCAUCAACACUGACUCCCUGUACCAUGAGCUGUCGACAGCAGGAUCCGAGGUCAUUGGGGAUGUGGAUGAAGGAGCUGACCUCCUAGGGGAGUUCUCAGUGCGCGAUGACUUUUUUGGAAUGGGCAAAGAAGUGGGGAACCUGCUGUUGGAAAACUCACAGCUUCUGGAAACCAAAAAUGCUUUGAAUGUGGUGAAGAAUGACCUCAUUGCCAAGGUUGACCAACUGUCAGGGGAGCAGGAGGUACUGAAGGGGGAGCUGGAAGCCGCCAAGCAGGCCAAGGCCAAGCUAGAAAGCCGGAUCAAGGAGCUGGAAGAGGAGCUCAAGAGAGUGAAGUCAGAGGCUGUCACUGCCCGCCGUGAACCCAGAGAAGAGGUGGAGGAUGUAAGCAGCUAUCUCUGUACAGAAUUGGACAAAAUCCCCAUGGCCCAGCGCCGCCGCUUCACAAGGGUAGAGAUGGCCCGUGUGCUCAUGGAGCGCAACCAGUACAAGGAGCGGCUGAUGGAGCUGCAGGAGGCUGUGCGGUGGACUGAGAUGAUCAGAGCUUCCCGGGAGCACCCAUCUGUCCAGGAGAAGAAGAAGUCCACCAUCUGGCAGUUCUUCAGCCGCCUCUUCAGCUCCUCCUCCAGCCCGCCCCCGGCCAAGCGCUCCUACCCGCCAGUGAACAUCCACUAUAAGUCUCCCACCACUGCUGGCUUUAGCCAGCGGCGCAGCCGUGCUAUGUGCCCUGUCUCAGCAGGCAGCCGACCCCUGGAGUUCUUUCCUGAUGAUGAGUGCACGUCUUCCGCCCGGCGGGAGCAGAAGCGCGAGCAGUACCGCCAGGUGCGCGAGCAUGUGCGCAAUGAUGACGGGAGGCUGCAGGCCUGUGGUUGGAGCCUGCCCGCCAAAUACAAACAGCUAAGCCCCAGUGGGGGCCAGGAGGACACCAGAAUGAAGAACGUUCCUGUCCCAGUGUACUGCCGCCCUCUGGUGGAGAAGGACCCCACCAUGAAGCUGUGGUGUGCCGCUGGUGUCAACCUGAGUGGGUGGAAGCCAAAUGAGGAUGACUCUGGAAAUGGAGUCAAACCAGUGCCAGGCCGUGACCCUCUGACCUGCGACCGGGAAGUGGAAGGCGAGCCCAAGAGCAACCACACAUCUCCUGAGAGGAAGAAGGCAAAGGAGGCCCCUGAGACGGACACCACGUCCAGCCGGGUGUGGAUCCUCACCAGCACCCUGACCACCAGCAAGGUGGUGAUCGUUGACGCCAACCAGCCGGGCACCGUCGUGGACCAGUUCACGGUCUGCAACGCCCAUGUCCUGUGUAUCUCCAGCAUCCCUGCGGCCAGUGACAGUGACUACCCACCCGGGGAGAUGUUCCUGGACAGUGACGUGAACCCUGAGGACUCAGGCACUGAUGGCGUGCUGGCUGGCAUCACCCUGGUGGGCUGUGCCACCCGCUGCAAUGUGCCACGCAGCAACUGCUCCUCCCGAGGGGACACCCCAGUGUUGGACAAGGGGCAGGGGGAGGUGGCUGCCACUGCCAGCGGGAAGGUCAACCCAUCCCAGUCCACAGAGGAGGCCACAGAAGCUACAGAAGUUCCAGACCCUGGGCCCAGCGAGCCAGAGGUGGCUGCAGUACGGCCUGGGCCCCUCACGGAGCAUGUCUUCACUGACCCGGCCCCCGCCCAACCCUCCAGCACCCAGCCUGGCAGUGAGGAUGGGCCAGAGCCAGAUGGCAGCAGUGUACAGCCCCAGCCAGAGCCCAAUGGGGACCCCUUGGUGGUGAGCAGCAGUGCCGCACCUACUAUGUGGCUGGGAGCCCAGAAUGGCUGGCUCUACGUGCACUCAGCGGUGGCCCACUGGAAGAAGUGCCUGCACUCCAUCAAGCUGAAGGACUCUGUGCUAAGCCUGGUGCAUGUCAAGGGCCGCGUGCUGGUGGCUCUGGCAGACGGGACUCUGGCCAUCUUCCACCGUGGUGAAGAUGGCCAGUGGGACCUGAGCAACUACCACCUGAUGGACCUGGGCCACCCACACCACUCUAUCCGUUGCAUGGCCGUCGUGUAUGACCGCGUCUGGUGCGGCUACAAGAAUAAGGUGCACGUGAUCCAGCCCAAGACGAUGCAGAUUGAGAAGUCAUUUGAUGCCCACCCACGGAGGGAGAGCCAGGUGCGACAGCUGGCAUGGAUAGGCGAUGGCGUGUGGGUAUCCAUCCGCUUGGACUCUACCCUGCGGCUCUACCAUGCCCACACGCACCAGCACUUGCAGGAUGUGGACAUCGAGCCCUAUGUCAGCAAGAUGUUGGGAACUGGCAAACUCGGCUUCUCCUUUGUGCGCAUCACGGCCCUACUCAUUGCGGGCAAUCGCCUCUGGGUGGGCACUGGCAAUGGAGUUGUCAUCUCCAUCCCCCUGACAGAGACUGUGGUCCUGCACCGAGGCCAGCUCCUGGGACUCCGAGCCAACAAGACAUCCCCCACAUCUGGGGAGGGUGCCCGUCCAGGGGGCGUCAUCCACGUGUACGGGGACGACAGCAGUGACAAGUCUGCCAGUAGCUUCAUCCCCUACUGCUCCAUGGCGCAGGCCCAGCUCUGCUUCCACGGGCACCGUGAUGCUGUCAAGUUCUUUGUCUCUGUGCCAGGCAACGUGCUGGCCACCCUCAACGGCAGCGUGCUGGACAGCCCUUCGGAGGGUCCCGGACCUGCCAUGCCUGCCGCUGAUGCAGAAGGCCAGAAGCUGAAGACCGCGCUGGUGCUGAGUGGCGGCGAGGGCUACAUCGACUUCCGAAUCGGAGAUGGAGAGGACGACGAGGCGGAGGAAGGAGCCGGAGAGGUGAGCCAGGUGAAGCCUGUGCUGUCCAAGGCGGAGCGCAGCCACAUCAUCGUGUGGCAGGUGUCCUACGCCCCUGAGUGAGGCCAUUGCCCCCCUUUCUACUGCCUGAUGCCAAUAUGUACAUAGGACCCCGCCGGCCUGCCCCUGCCUGCCCCGGGCACCCAUAGUCCCUUUCUAAACUCUCAACCUGCAGCUUUCACCUGAGGCCCAGGCCCCCGAGUGGCAGGGAGUGGCCCCCGAGAUGUGGGUGGAGUGGGCCAUGGGAGGGAGGCGGGAGAGGGAGGUGGAGAGGUGCCUGCAGCUCCUGGUCAGUACCCCUACCCAGCAUACUCAAGUCCCAGGGGCACCUUAGGGCUGGGGCAAGGCAGGACCAAGGUGGUUGUGGGCAGCCCCUGCAGCUGGCCUUGGCUCCACUGUUACCUCCUCAUUCCUGGCACCCCCAGAUCAGGAGCAGGGGCUUCACUCUGCCCUGUCUUCCCACCCAGUCUACUUGCUUUUGCAUGCUGCCCUGGGAGAGCCAGGCCUGGUGCCCAUCCUAUGCCCAGGGGUUUGGCGCUCAGACUGCCCAGGUGCCUGGGCCCUAGGUAAGCCCUAUCUAGGGUUUACACCUUCCCUGACUAAUGUCCCCUCGGUCCCCGCCCCAGCCUCCCCAGAGAUCUGGCAUGGAAGCUUGGGGCUAGGGUCCCUGAGGCAGCACCUUCAAAAGACAGACCACGUACCCCUCACCCCCUAAAGCCCAAGGUCGUCCAGCCCCUCACUGACUGGUGUGCCCCAGGCUUCCCCUGGGCAUAAGACUCACCUUUAAGGAGCAGGACUUUAUAGUCCUGCCCCUCCCAGAAUCCCUUAGGGUGGAAUUUCUCAGGCUGCUAGGGCAGGCCCCGGCCUCAGGAAGAAGUGGAGGCUCCUGCCCUCUGCUAGGGUUAGUCCUAGGAUGCAGGCUCAGCCUCAGGUUGAUGGGGGAUGGUGCGCUCCUGGGGCCUGCUUCCUGCACAGGGCUCCAAGGAGCCCAGCUCCCAGACACGUACCAAGUGCCUAGCGUUGCCGCUGUGGCCUGCUCCCUCAGAACUGACAGGAGGCUGCCAAGCAGAGGCCGGAGGGGCUAUGCCACUGCAGCAGGGCUCUAGGGUUGUGGCAAGGGGGCAGGUGCUGCCCUUGCAGGUCUGCUCCUCCACCUUCCUGGGCCAGGCCUUACUCCUCCCACCAGAGGUACUGACCAGGGCAGUCUGGCCCCCGCUGCCCACUUCCUCCCACCAGAGAAGCACAGAUCUUGGGGAGCUGUCCCAUGAGCCCAGCUGGCCAACACAAGCUGCAGCCACAGGGAGCUGCAGGCUUCUCCCCACCACCCUGCCACCUCUCCACUGUGAUGUAUGUCCCAUGUCUGUCCCCACUGGAGUGUGAAAUGAAUGGAGUGAGCUGGGUGGGUGCAAGUAGAGGAAAGGCCGGGUGUGCUUCUCCUCAGGCUUUGGCCCUGCAAGUGAACCCACGUAUCUGCUCUGUAUGUAAUAAACAUCUUAACACGU